AUGGCGGAAGAAGCUGUAGUUGAAUCGGUGCCGGAAACCCUAGAAACUCCACAUCCAUCGGCAGCUUCUCCGACCGAUUCGCCAACCGCGGUCGUUUCCGAUCCCUCGCUCUCGCGGAAUGCAUCAUUCCGUAAACUCAACGCGCGAGCUCCCGAGUUCGUUCCUAUUAAGCAACCGCCUCCUCCGGCUACUCCGUCUCCUCAGCUUCCGUCGAGGCCGGCUGUGAUGUCGCCCCUCCUGGUGCGGCUAUGA